UUGUUUGCGUGGAUUGUUAAGAGCGGUGACCAAACCUAUUACGUAUAUGCAAUAUCCUUUUGAUUUUCGUGGAGUUGUUCAGCUGUUGGCUCGUAUUUUUGUUCGCCGACUAGGGCUCGUUUGCAGAUCUUGCCCAAUGAUAUCUCGCAAUAAAGAGUACAAUGAAUUAGUAUAAAGCCGCUUGGUUUAAAAGAUCCUGGUGUUAUUAGUUGAGUGGUCUGUCGGGUAAAGUGGAAGCCUCCCAAAUCUGAUGUGUCAAUUUGGUUGACUUCCGUAGACGUAGCAAGUUCUCGGCAUUUUUUUCUGGCUUGAUUUUGAGAUCUUCAGGUAAAGCUUCAGAUUGAUGUAGCAAUUUUGCUUUGCCUCGAAAUAGUUUUCUCGAUAUUUUUUCUGACUGAUUUUGAGAUCUUCCGCUCAAAGUGGAGGCUACCUGACCUUUUGCGCGGCUUCCGUAGAGGAAACAAGUUAUCUACGUUUGUUCCUGGCUAGACUUUGAGAUCUUCAAAGCAAGCGUUCCCGGUUUUCUCGUGCAAAAACAGAACAAAGACUAUUGAUUUUUUUGGAGUGGUUUAUUGAAAGUAAAGCAAGGCUCAGUUUCCCGCUGAUUACCAUGGAUUUCCCUAACACAAGUGAUCCUGCGGUCGCCACUUUAGGCAAAAACACCACCAACACCUUAGCGUGCCCGGAAUCGAAAGACUCAAUUUUUUCCAAAGGUUUAAAGAUAUUCUGGUACUUUGCUAUAAUUGGGCUGUCCUUGCUUGGAAAUGCCCUGGUUGUGUGGGUCGUUCGGCGAACGGCAAGGAUGCGCACUGUUACCAAUUAUUUUAUCGUCRAUGUCUCACUUGCAGAUCUUUUGACCACCUUAUUCAACAUGUUACCAACAUUGUUCUGGAUCAUACAGGGUGUCGAUAUCUGGUACAUUGGCGGGACAUUUGGCGAAGCUUUAUGYAAGCUUUUCCAGUUCUUCCAAUUGGUUUCCAUCAGUUGUUCUGUUCUAAGCAUGGCUGCUAUCGCUUUUGAUCGUUUCUUCGCGAUAUUUCGUCCGCUUAAGCGCACAAUCUCCUUUCCUCGAGCCAAGCAGAUAAUCGUCGCGAUAUGGCUCGCGUCUAUAGUUUUUUCCUGCCCGAAUCUGUAYGCCUUGAGGCUGGAACAAAUUGGCGGUGUGGUUUAUUGUGUGGAAAAGUGGUCACCAUUGUUUGACGAAGCCAAAUCCCCCUUGGCUUACACUAUCGCGCUAUUUAUUGGCCUCUACGCCCUACCACUUUUCAUAAUAGCAGUUAUUUAUACUACAGUCAUUWUACGACUCUGGAGUCGCACGACCCCCGGACAGAACUCGAUCACAAACCGUUCAAACAGGGAGCGAACGAAUAAAAAGGUACUCAAGAUGCUAAUCACRGUGGUCGUGGUUUUUGCUGUUUGUUGGCUGCCAUUGUACGUACGGAUGUUCUUGCUAUUCUCAUUUCCUGUCAAGUACCUAUGUGGACUACCCUAUCAUAUGGACUUUAUUACUUUAUAUCUCGGCCACGCCAAUAGCGCUGUAAAUCCCUACAUAUAUGUAAUUUUUAAUGAAAAUUUCCGAAAAGGCUUUAAAGCUGUAAUAAUGAAACAGCAUCCGGAAUCCGAGAGAAUGAGUUCAACGAAGAUACAAACUACGCCUUUACAACAAGAGAGRACCACACUGCUCCUUAAGCGCCUCAAAAAGAACGGCAAAAGCACGACAAAAACUGAGAAUGAUGGCCAUUCUGCUUUUGUACGCGAUAAAGACCCCGAGCUGGUCAUAGAAGAACCGUCUUCUUCUCGUCAUUGAAUCAAAAUCAGGAAUAUUUGAAUUUGAAUAUGUGAGACUGUAUUCUGUCCGGCAUCACAAAGAAGCCGAAAUGGUUAUUGAAAAUCUUUGUAUCAGCUGGAAUCCAAGCUUAAUGACACGAGAAAUUAAAUCAAUGUAUAAUAAUUUUUAGAAAGUUAUGAUUUUUUCAGAGGUUUGAAACCCUUUGAUAUAGAGGACUGAAUAAGAAAAGGACGAGAUGAACAAGUGUUAUCUUUUAGAUCGCCAUUGUACUUGACUAUAAUUCAGUAAUAMCACAUUUCAAGGGUUUUUUUGAGCGUAACAUUGAUARGGCUUUGGRYGAGAACUUCUGUAUAUACUAUCGUYCUGYUUAAGKUUUCUGCAAAAAGAGUCGAAAAUUCUCCACAACAUCGAGACUUUUGUUA